AAAAAAAAGAAAUCUAGAAACGACAUCAGACAAUAAUUUUGUUAAAUAAUAAUGGCCUCUUCGAUUCCUAAGACGACAUCGCCUGUCAAGCACCGCGUAAAUAAUCAACAUGGAGUAGCAGCCAAUAAAUCUAUAAAUUUGGAAGAAAUAGAAAUUUUACCCUAUGAAAUAUAUCGCUUUUCAAGUUUUUCAACAAACUAUGUGCCUGAAAAUAUUUUAGUAGACUGCCCUUCUGAUCAGUCAUCACGCUGGUCAGCACAUACUAAUAACCCACCACAGUACUUAACCCUAAAACUGCGCAGACCUUCAAUAGUGCGGAAGAUUAAAUUCGGUAAAUUUGAAAAAUCUCAUGUUUGCAACAUAAAAAAAUUUCGCGUAUAUGGCGGUUUAAAUGAAGAAUUUAUGCCAUUACUAUUGGAAGGAGGCUUGAAAAAUGAUAAUGUUCCGGAAACGUUCAAUUUGCGUUGCAUUGCAGAGGAUGGUUACAGCAAGUUACCGGUCUUAUAUUUAAAAAUUGUCCCUUUACUGUCGUGGGGCCCUACGUUCAAUUAUAGUAUCUGGUAUAUAGAGUUGCUGGGUCAAGAUGAUCCGAUGUACACCAAUAGCUGCAUGAAGGAAUAUAAUAAGUUGCGUGAAGUGGAAAUUGUACGUUUAUGUUUGAAACAUUUCCGCCAGCAAGGUUACGAUGUUGCUUUUAAAGCUUUACAGGAAGAGACUCAAGUGCAUUUGGAGCAUCCACAUGUAAGUGAAUUGCACGAACGCUUGGUCGUGAAUGGUGAUUUUGAUAAGGCUGAAGAAUUUAUGAGCAAUUGCAUAGAUGAAGGGCUGGUAGAUGCUUAUCUUAGUCGCCAAGAUUAUAAGCACAUCUGGCGUUUGCAACAAGCUCAGGGACAAACACAACCAGGUAAUCGUGGCGGUCAUCAGUUAGUUGUAGAUGCAGAGAAACGUUUGAUUUAUUUAUACGGGGGCUGGGAUGGCUUUCAAGAUCUCAGUGAUUUAUGGGUCUUUGAAAUUACAGCAAAUUGUUGGACACAAUUAUGUGCCCAUUCUGAACAAAUGAAUGGACCUACACCACGCUCUUGUCAUAAAAUGAUUUUCGACCCCGUAAGUAAAAAUAUCUUUAUGCUGGGUCGUUAUCUGGACAAUUCGAUAAGAACUAAGGAGUACAUAAAAAGCGAUUUCUAUUUGUAUGAUACACGUGCUGGCACCUGGUUACAAAUAUGCGAUGAUACCAGUCAAGUUAGCGGCCCACAACUUGUAUACGAUCACCAGAUGUGCAUCGAUGCUGAGAAACGCAUGAUCUAUGUUUUUGGCGGGAAAGUACUAACGCCACGCAGUGUUAGUGCUUGCACUUCCAGCGAGACAGAGUAUUCUGGAUUGUUUUCAUAUCAUAUCGCUACAAACACUUGGACGCAAAUACUCGUAGACUGCCACCAUCCGUCGGCGUCGUUGCCGGAUGUUAUGUCAGUUAAAUCUCGAAUAACUCAUUGCAUGGUUUUUCAUAAUAAAAAACGUAAACUCUACAUAUAUGGAGGGCAGCGUGUGAAAACGGAUAUACAUGAAUUUAUCUGUUAUGAUGUCGAUACUCAGGUUUUAGAAAUUUUAAAUAAAAACGACAAUAAUUAUAAUAAUCACAGCGCCAGCAUGUGCAACGAUGGCACUAACGAGCCUUCGCCUACUUAUACCCUCAGAGCUACAAUAGACUGUGAACGCGAUGAAAUUUAUGUUUUUUCGAGUUUAUGUAAAAGCAAAGAUCGCCGUGAUAUACAACAUGUGGAAGCUUCCAAUUCUUUUUGGGUAUAUUCGUUAGAUUCGCGUAAAUGGUCUCGUAUUUAUACUUGUCAUUAUAAUCCGGCGGAAAUGGCGAAUUUGCGUGCAAAUGUGCCCUUGGAACCCUGUCCCCGUUAUGCUCAUCAAUUUGUUUAUGAUGAAGUUGAAAAGUUGCAUUAUUUAUUUGGUGGUAAUCCUGGCAGAUCGGCGUCUCCUCAAUUGCGAUUGGACGAUUUUUGGAUUUUAAGUUUAGAAAAGCCUAAACGCUCAGAGAUUUUAAAUCAUUGUCGCUUUCUGAUACGUAAAUUGAAGUAUGAGGAAAUGGCACGCUCUGAUACCUAUCAAGCGAUGCAAUAUCUUAGAAAACAUGUCGGGGAAAUUGUGGAUCACAAUAAUAAGGAACAACAACAACAUUUCCAUAAAUUAGCUUCUUUACUAUUCAGAACUGACGAUAAUAACUUCAGUGAGUGUGCCAUGGAAAGGCCGCGUUUGCUUACCACAUCUUUCGGCACGGACAAAUUUGAAACUACUUCAGAUUUGAUGCUUACAGACGAAGAUGCUUGCUCUAAAUCAGAAGACAAUAGCGAUCGUACACAACCACCCGAAGAUUCAUCGAUGGAAUCGUCUGAGAGUUCUUCGGUCUUUCAUUCGUCGGGCAUUUCCGAUUUGGCUUCUUCCUAUACUGCUUACCGCAAAUCGGGUGGUAAAUUAACGCGAAAUGAAUUCAUUUAUGAGUUAAGAACUCGUCGUGACUUCCUCUUUAACAAGCUUGUUAAAUUAAUGCCUUCAAAUAUGGUUCAACCAGAACGCAAUCUGAGUGAUUUUGUUAUAAUGUAAAAAAAAAAAGAGCCAAAUUUUUGGAUUGUAAUUGAAAAACCAAAAAAAAAAAAAGACUUUAGCUGUAAGCUUUUCGUUAUUCGCCUCUUUCCGAUAUUCAGUAAGAGUUGAUUUUUUAUGUAAUGUUAUUUGAUUUUUUUUUUUUUUUAUCUGAUGAGUUAAAUGUUGAGAGUUAAUGUGAUGUG